AUGGAAACCUGGAUUCGCUUGCGUGACAUCUUCCUGGACCAUCAAAACUCCCGUGCCGUAAUGCUCGAACAAGAGUUUUCCACUACUAGGAUGGAAGACUUCCCCAACGCGUCUGUGUAUUGUCAAAGGCUCAAGAGCAUCUCUGAUCAAUUAAAGAAUGUGGGGGCUCCGGUUUCAAAUUCUCGACUUGUUCUUCAGCUUGUUUCGGGUCUCACCGAAGCGUUCAAGGGUGUGGGAACGCAGAUUCGCCACAGUAAACCAUUGCCUCCAUUCACUGAGGCGCGCUCCUCACUUGUUCUAGAGGAACGAGAACAGGCGCUGCAGGCGGCCCACACUACUCCUUCGGCGAUGGUGGCUGCCACAGGUGGUGAGGAUUCCUCUUUUUUUUUUAUUUAUUUUUAUUUUUAUAAUACUCACAAUCCUGGUCAUACUGUGAAUAACAGGGGCAAAAAUAACAACAACAAAGGCCGCAAUUCUGGCCGUAGGAACGGCGCUGGCCGUGGUAACAGCGGCGGUAAGGGCGGCCGUGGUGGGAGCCGCAGUAACAGCGGCGGUAAUUUGCAGCCAUAG